GUGCGUUGCCGGGCGGGUCCGCCGGCCGCGGGAGACGGAAGAGCUGCCCGCGUGCGCCGCCCGCUCGCGCCGUCCUCCGCCUGUGCCCGGCCGCCUGCCCCGCCAUGAGCGAGAAGGGCGAGCUGGACCUCACCGGUGCCAAGCAGAACACGGGCAUGUGGCUGGUGAAGGUCCCCAAAUACUUGUCGCAACAGUGGAAUAAAGCUUCAGGAAGAGGUGAAGUGGGAAAACUAAGGAUUGCCAAAAAUCAAGGAAGAACAGAAGUGUCAUUUACUUUGAAUGAAGAGCUUGCAAGCAUCAAUGAUAUUGGAGGAAAACCUACUUCAGUCAGUGCACCAAGGGAACAUCCAUUUCUUUUGCAAAGUGUGGGAGGACAGACCCUAACAGUGUUCACAGAAAGUUCAGUAGAAAGCCAACCGGAAGAAAAAUCUGAAAGCAGCAGUGCUGAUAAACUUUCCUUGGAAGGAAUAGUGGUGCAACGUGCUGAAUGCAGACCUGCAGCUAGCGAAAAUUAUAUGAAACUGAAAAGAUUACAGAUAGAAGAAUCUUCUAAACCUGUAAGGCUAUCACAGCAGCUGGACAAAGCCGUAACCACAAACUACAAACCCGUGGCUAAUCAUCAAUAUAAUAUCGAAUAUGAGAAGAAGAAGAAAGAGGAUGGAAAACGGGCUCGAGCUGAUAAACAGCAAGUGUUGGAUAUGCUUUUUUCAGCCUUUGAGAAACAUCAGUAUUACAACAUCAAAGACCUGGUGGACAUAACCAAACAGCCAGUGAUAUACUUGAAAGAAAUUUUAAGAGAAAUAGGCAUCUACAAUGUGAAGGGGACCCACAAAAACACAUGGGAGCUGAAGCCAGAAUACAGACAUUACCAAGGAGAAGAAAAGAGUGAUUAACAAAGGCAUUUACAAAGCAAGAGCCAAUUAGAGUGAUUGCACUGAGGGAACUGUGGUGGGUUUACAGAUAGGACUGAGCACAGCGCAAUUCUGCAAGAUUCAAGUUAAAGCAGCUGAUACUUUGUAAUUUUCCGUAGCUUCAUUUUUUUUCCAAGGAAUAUUUCUUGUAUGUUUCUAUAAGUGUUUUGUCUUUUGACAGGAAAAAAAUAUUUAUAGAAUAACUUGUAUUAGAUUUAUCUUUAUUAGAAAUCUUUUGAGUUCUGAUCUUUUCUUUGUUAGCUUUAUGGCUUUUCAAAGCCUUGAUGACUUUGGAAAACGUGUCCUAGAGGAAACCAUUAACUUUGUGGUUUUGCAUUCGAGUAGAACCAGGUUAAUACCCUCAUUUCUGCUGGGAUCUGUCAGGGCUUUGUCUGGAAGUCUGCAAAGGUGCACAACCUUCUGUGCAGUGUGUGGGUGCAACAGACAUGAUGCUCCUUUUGGGAUCAGGCUUAGAAAAAACAGCCGUAACCACAAGUGCUCAUCAUGGUCCUUAGACUCCAUAGGAACAACAGGUCAGUGGGAAGACAACAGUCUCCCUCCCCCACCAAGUGAUUACUGAGAAAAAAAAAAUGAAGUGUCUGUCUGUUAGGUACAUCAAGGAAUAGAUUUCUCUCGUUUUAUAUCAUCAUGUUACCUAUGUUUAAGCAUAUCAAUAAAAUCAUUAUUUUAAUUUGUA